AUGUUGUUCAGUUACUUCUUAAUAGCUCUCGUGACCAUACAAUGUACAGUUGCUCUUCGUGGAGGAGAUGACAGUUCCGAGGUAGUCUCGCCAUCUUUGAUACUCCAACCACCACUCGCUGCUCUGCCUGAUAUGACCAAUGCGAAGCACAUGGGUGGUCCUCCAGGUUUUGCUCCACCCAAAAAUUUCGAUCAACGGAUACGAGCAGAUGAAGCAGUAGGCUUUGUUGUGAGACGAGGAACAGCGAAAAUUAUGGGAUAUUCUCGCAGAAGACCUGCCGGCUUGCUGAGACGAUAG